AUGUUUUGUUUUGUAUGCACCUAUCCAUAUCCUGGAACAAUUACCUUAUUAGAGAAGGAAAAUUCUGCAUCUGAUGUGUCACACCAAGAUGAGGCUGAAGGUGAAAAUGAUUCAACAGUUGAAGAAUUGAAAAAUUUGCAAACACAAAUUGCAACACUAACAAUGUCAUUGUCUACUGUCACUGAGGAGAAAUCAAAGAUAGUUGCCACAUACCAGGCUGAAAAACGAAAACUGAAGCAAGAAACUGAUACACAGUUAUUAGAAAUGAGAAAAGAGUUGGGAGAUCUCAGAAAAAAGAAUCAGGAAUUGGAAGAGGAAUUUAAUAUGGCGAAAGAGAAGAUUAGAUUACAACAAAAUGAGAGAGAACAAGAACAAUCAACAAAUUCAAUUAUGUUAAGAGAACUGCAAAAAAUAUUAAACGAUGAAAGAAUAAAAAACGAACAAAUUUCUGGAGAUCUUCAAGAAGCUCGUAAAAUGGCACAAAAAGCAGCCUCAGUAAAUAAAAAAACUGAAAGCAACGAGAAAGAUUUGAAUAGGUUAAUGGAUGAAUUGGAGACUGCUUAUGACAAACUCAGAUUAGCGAAAGAAGAGGCUAAAAAACCACAACCUAUUGUUGGGAGACUGCAGAAGGAAAUUGCUGAAAUUAAAGCAGCCCAUCGCAUCCAACUUGAAAGUGAAAGAAUGCAGUUUAUAUCAACCGAAAAUCGAUUAAAAAAGGUUGAAAAGGAAGCGGAAGAGCGUGUUGCAUCUCUUGAAAAUCGGAUCACUCAAUUAUCAAAUCAAAUGGGAGGAUAUGAAAGGAGCAAAACUAAUGACCAAGAUCUAAUCAGGUCCCUGAAGGAGAGGAUUGCUCAAUCUGAGGCAGAAAACCGCAUUCUUGCUAAACAAGCAGCUGUGUCGGCAAACAAAGAUUUUGGAGGUUCAGUGGUUGAUGAAAACAAUAUGGAUGUUGAGUACUUGAAGGAACAGAUCAGUAAAUAUAAAGGAUUGCUAAAACAUGCUGCAGAGAAAUGCAAUGACCCUUUUGCUAUGUUUGAAGGAAAAUCUGAUGAAAACGAAUAUAAUAGAUUAUAUAUGGAGUCCCAACAGGAACUUAGACAGGUCAAAGAUGAAUUCGAGAAGUAUAAGGUACGAGCCCAGAAUGUCUUGAAAGCAAAGCGGGAAACUGGCAUUACCAGUGGAGAGAAUGUAGCAAAUAUGUUCACACAACGACAGUUUCAGGAAAUAAAAAAUGAAUUAGAAGAAGUUAGAGAGAGGCAUUUUCAUCUCCGAUCACAUUGCGAUGGCUUGGAAGAGCAACAAAAUAAAUUGAUAAAAGAGCAAGGUGAAGAAUUGUUACGUUGUCAUCUUUCCCAUCAAAAUGAAUUGAAAUUGGAAAAAGAAAAUUAUUCUGCAAGAGUACUCGAUUUAGAGCAAGAAAUGAGGUCACAGAGGGAAAGAACAGUUAUGUUAUUGGCAGAAAAAGACAAGGAAAUUCAAAGUCUACAAGCCUAUUCUACUGCUUGCCAUAGAGAGUAUCAGUCGGAAUAUGGCGGAAUUGGUGAACCCAAUCAAGAAACAUCUACUAGUAGUGACAAUACUCACUAUGGACAUGAUAAAUUAAGAGAAACACAAGAUUCCGUCUUCGAAAUAGUGAAUCAGGGCUCCAUGCAUGACACAACAAUGAUCCAUUAUGCUGAGCAGAUGGCAAGAAAGGAUGUUUUGAUAAAUGGUCUUAGACGACAUAAAAAACAAUUAGAGUUACAAAUAAGGCAAUUGCAGGAUGCCAUCAUGACUAAAGAUGAGAAGAACUCAAGAGGAAUUGCAGAACUUCAGGAGAAAAUUGCGAAUUUUGAUAGAAGCAAGUCCAGAGAAAAUGCGAAUCUGGAGUACCUUAAGAAUGUCAUGUACCAAUACCUGACAACAAACCGGAACCAGUCAGCAAAAUCGCGAAUGCUAGGAGCCGUCACUACAAUACUACAAUUCAGUCCAGACGAAAUCAAAAACGUCCGCAAGAAAUUUUGAAAAAAAAAAGUUUCAUCCCAGUUUUCUCAUUUCUACAAAAUGUAGUGUUUUAACAUGUUCGGGAAUCUUUCAAUCAUGUCUGAUGAUGUUCAAAGUCUGCAUAUCAAAUAUAAGGACUGAAAUUAUUAUGGAAACUUAUCUUGUGCAAUAAAUAUCCUAUAUUUUAUCUGUGUGUUGUCUAUCUGUCGCGAUUAAAUUUUGUUUUCAUA